AUGGCAUGCGUGUUCAGUUUAGGAUUUUCAUAUUUAGUCUCCAAAAUAAAAAUCCAGAAACAUCCCAUCAUAAUCAAAUGUCUCUUUAUUCACACAAUUAUCAUCUAUAUAGUAUUAUCCGGCUGUUAUUCUUAUAAACUAGAUCCUGUAUCUUCGUUUAAUAAUACUGUCAAUUCUACGUUUUCUCAAUCUUCAAAUGCUCGUGAAUGGCGUUUCAACUCCGUUCAAAGUUUUGCUCAGUCAAUUAGCUCGAACUCUAUAGUUUUCUUCAAUAAUGAAAAACAGAUCAAUCGACUUAAACGCUUGAAUAAACCUAUUAUCCGGAGAUUCGAGCAAGCUACGCGCGUUAUCUAUCGAAACAUCACCAUUCCAAAUAAAGUAAGUUUUAUUAUAUCAUUUAUCAUGAUGAUUUGGCACUUAACAAAGCUCAGAAUUCUAUGCUAA